AUGGAGGAAUUAAAGAUAGAUGCGAUUCUUAAUAGAUUUCUUGAAAACCGUGGUACCAAACCAGGGAAAAAUGUUCAGUUAACCGAGAUGGAAAUAAAAAUUUUGUGUAUGAAAUCAAGAGAAAUAUUUUUAUCCCAACCAAUGUUGUUGGAAUUGGAGGCUCCACUUAAAAUUUGUGGUGAUGUUCAUGGGCAAUUUUAUGAUUUAUUGAGGUUGUUUGAGUAUGGAGGUUUUCCACCGGAGUCAAAUUAUUUGUUUUUGGGUGAUUAUGUUGAUAGAGGUAAACAAAGUUUGGAGACGAUUUGUCUUUUAUUGGCUUAUAAAAUUAAGUAUCCAGAAAAUUUUUUUCUUCUAAGAGGAAAUCACGAAAGUGCUGCUAUAAAUAGAAUUUAUGGAUUUUAUGAUGAAUGUAAGAGAAGGUAUAAUGUAAAAUUAUGGAAGACAUUCACUGAUUGUUUCAAUUGUCUACCUGUUGCUGCCGUUAUUGAUGAAAAAAUUUUUUGUUGUCAUGGUGGGUUGUCUCCAGAUCUCCAAUCACUAGAUCAAAUAAAAAGGAUGACUAGACCUACAGAUGUUCCUGAUCAAGGAUUACUUUGUGAUCUUUUGUGGUCUGAUCCAGACAAAGAUGUUACCGGAUGGGGUGAAAAUGACCGGGGUGUAUCAUUUACUUUUGGUGCUGAAGUUGUCUCCAAAUUUCUUACAAAAUUUGAUCUUGAUUUAAUUUGCAGGGCUCAUCAGGUUGUGGAAGAUGGAUAUGAAUUCUUCGCUAAAAGAAAACUGGUAACUUUAUUCUCUGCACCAAAUUAUUGUGGAGAAUUUGACAAUGCAGGAAGUAUGAUGACAGUUGAUGAAACGUUAAUGUGUAGUUUUCAAAUAUUGAAACCAAGUGAUAAGAAGAAAGGCUAUAUUAGUAAUGUAAACAAUUCUUCUAGACCUGUUACGCCACCAAGAAAUAAUACACCGAAUGGUAGGAAGGCAAAAAAAUAG